UGAUGCACAUAAUCUCGCGAUAACUCCUCCAUCACUCGGCGGUGGUGCCUCUCCUCCCGCUGCUUCCGUGGGCGAUGCUAUGCGGUUGCUGUAGAUUUGAUUGACGGGAACAUGUCGGUGUGGUGGUGGGAGCGACCCGGGAUACAGCUUCUGGCAAGGGAGACGGGGAGUACCUGUACCCAAUCCACACAGCAUCAGCUUUAAAAUGAUUAUACUACGCUGCUUUAGUUUUAUGGAUCCGUUUAUGUUAUUGUGAUGCGUUGUUUUUUUUUUUUUUGAAAUGAAUAAACAACGCUCAAUGGAUUUAUUAGCUGAGGCUUGAUCGGUUGUGUUCUGAUUUUUAUUUCUGUUGAAGAGGUAGCCUAUGCUAUCUGCAUAUUGUGUUUGAUGAUAUAGCCCUCAGCAUCAAUACCAGGUUCAAUCAGAAACACCUAGACGAACCACCACCAGGAAAUACUAGGACUAAUGCAAUGGAGUCGCCUUUUACAUUUAUCACAUCUCAUCUGUAAACCAAUGUACAUAAUAUAAUAUACCACCACGUUUGCUGGCGUUUUGCAGGUCGCUUUAUUACAUGGAGUUUUUUCCACCUUUAUUUUCUGAGUUGAUUUUUUUUUAAGUACACAUAAAGAAACGACCAGUGCUCGCAAGCAAUGGACGAGAAGAAUAUGACCAAAAGCGACGAGCAGCAUCUGAGUUUGCAAAAAGCCUUGCAGCAGUGCGAGUUGGUGCAAAAUAUGAUAGACAUAAGCAUUUCUAGCUUGGAGGGAUUGAGGACCAAAUGUGCCACAUCCAACGACUUGACACAAAAAGAAAUACGAACGCUGGAGGGAAAGCUGGUGAAGUACUUCAGUCGCCAGCUGUCCUGUAAGGUGAGAGCGGCCUUACAGGAGGACAGCACAGAGCUACAGGACUUCCCCCGGCUGGGACACUGGUUCCGUAUCGUCAACCUGAGGAAGGAGGUCACUGAGGAGAUGGGUCCGGGCGAGGUGACUCUGGAGGGGCUGUUGGAGAUGAGUGAUGAGGAGGUGUGUGAGGCCAUGGAGAAGUUUGGAGCCAACGACGAGGAGUGUGCCCGGCUCAAUGCCUCUCUGUCCUGCCUAAGGAGGGCCCACAAGUCAGAACAACUGGAGGACGACACAUUGCCCAAUCAUGGAGCAGGUGGUUAUGCCAAGCAGGACUGGUCCAUCCAGUGGCCCACCUCCGAGUCCGGGAAGGAGAACACUCCCUUCCCCUCUCCCGAACCCAGCCAGUGGGUCCGCUUCCAGCUCUCCCAAAGCCCGAAGGUCCAGGCCAAGUACAAGCAGCAGCAACACAGCCAAUGUCACAUCCCCCAGGCCCUGCUACCCUAUCCGUACGGCCCCUACGUCCAGCCAGACCGCCUCACCGUGGACAGCCACCUGGGUCUGGGGGCCUUCCCUCCCAUGGACACGGGUCACCGCUCCCUGCCCCCCUCGCCCCGCCAGAGGCACUUUGCCCACACCCCUCCCCGGACUCCUCUGGUGGUCAACACCAUGACCCCCCCGGGCACGCCCCCCAUGAGACGCAGGAACAAGACGAAGGCUCCCGGGACGCCCCCGCCGCCCAGCCGAAAGCUCAUCCAUCUGCUGCCGGGCUUCACGGCGCUGCACCGCUCCAAGUCACACGAGUUCCAGCUGGGAAACCGCGUAGGUCUGGAGGCAGCUGACACGCAGACACCCAGAGUGAAGCAGAAGAAGUCCAAGCCUCAGCACCUGAAGAUCAACAGCAGUGUGGGGAGCUGUGAGAACCUGCCUAUCCAGCGCUCACCCCUUCACUCCUCCGACCAUCGCUCCCUCCGUUCCUUUUUCUUCCCCACCUUCAUGCCCUCCACUCCCCCCGUCUACUCCGACGCAAACACUCUCUCAGUGCCUCGCUGGUCCCCACAGAUCCCCCAGAGAGACCUGGGAAACUCCAUAAAACACAGGUUUUCCACCAAGUAUUGGAUGUCUCAGACAUGCAUAGUGUGUGGAAAAGGAAUGUUGUUUGGACUCAAAUGUAAAAACUGCAAGCUGAAGUGCCACAACAAAUGCACCAAAGAAGCCCCGCCUUGCCAUUUGCUGAUCAUCCAGCGAGGAGGGAGGAACCCCCUGAAAGGUGCGACAGAUCACCAAGGAAAUCAAGCUCGUUUGGUACGGACUGAAUCGGUACCAUGUGACAUCAACAACCCCCUCAGGUACACAGACCUGCACAUCAGUCAGACGCUGCCCAAAACCAGCAAAAUCAACAAGGAUCACAUCCCUGUCCCGUACCAGCCAGACUCCAGUAGUAACCCCUCCUCCACCACCUCCUCCACUCCUUCCUCCCCCGUUCCCCCCCUCCCCUCCAGUACCACGCCUCCCUCCCCCCUGCACCCCUCCCCACAGUCGGCACGGCUACAGAAACAGUUCAAUUUAACAGCCUCUUCUUACUUCAAAUACAAGCAGCAGUUCAUAUUCCCAGACGUGGCCCUGGUCCCAGAGGCCCCCAGUAGGGCACCCCAGGUCAUCCUGCACCCAGUUCUGUCUGAGCCAGGAGUCGAGAUGAACCCUUUAAACCCUUUACUACAGAUUGAAGUGGAACCUACAUCAGACAAUGAGGAGUGCAACGAUGAGGCGGAGGAUUCGGAGGAUGAGUUUGAGGAGAUGAACCUGUCUCUGCUGUCGGCCCGUAACUUCCCCCGUAAGGCCAGCCAGACAUCCAUCUUCCUCCAGGAGUGGGACAUCCCCUUCAAACAGCUGGAGAUAGGAGACCUCAUCGGGAAAGGUCGCUUCGGCCUGGUGUUCCACGGGCGCUGGCAUGGUGAGGUAGCCAUCCGCCUCAUCGACAUCGAGCAGGACAACGAGGAUCAGCUGAAGGCCUUCAAGCGGGAGGUGAUGGCCUACCGUAACACCCGACAUGAGAACGUGGUCCUCUUCAUGGGCGCCUGCAUGAGCCCCCCACACCUGGCCAUCAUCACCAGCUUGUGUAAGGGAAGGACCCUGUAUUCAGUGGUGAGAGAUGCUAAAGUCAUCCUGGAUGUCAACAAGACCAGACAGAUCGCCCAGGAGAUGGUUAAGGGAAUGGGCUAUCUUCAUGCCAAGGGGAUCCUACACAAGGACAUGAAGUCCAAGAAUGUCUUCUAUGACAACGGCAAAGUGGUCAUCACCGACUUCGGACUCUUCACCAUAUCUGGGGUUCUGCAAGCCGGCAGCCGUAGAGAGGACAAGCUGAGGAUCCCCAGUGGAUGGUUGUGUCACCUGGCCCCUGAAAUAGUCUCUCAGCUCUCCCCCGAAACAGAGGAGGACAAACUGCCUUUCUCUAAACAGUCAGACGUCUUUGCUUUUGGAACUAUCUGGUAUGAGUUGCAUGCACGUGAGUGGCCUUAUAAGAACCAGCCAGCAGAAGUUAUCAUCUGGCAGGUGGGCAGCGGAAUGAAGCCCAACCUCACACAGAUCGGCAUGGGCAAAGAGAUAUCGGACAUCCUGCUCUUCUGCUGGGCGUUCGAGCAGGAGGAGAGGCCCAGCUUCUCCAAGCUGGUGGAUCUGCUGGAAAAGUUGCCAAAACGGAACCGCCGCCUUUCCCACCCAGGGCACUUCUGGAAGUCAGCUGAGUGCAGUUGACCAAGACCCCCUGAACCUAGACAUCUCAACAUCCUCUGAACACAUAUUUUGGGUUUAUUGUUUAAUCACGUGGAAGAUGUGUUUUAUUUCAUUGCUCAAAUGACCUGUUCAGUUUGUUGGAUGGUUUCUUUAUUCUGGAAUGUAUUUUUCUCAAUGUCACUUGUUUUAAUGAGAGUUUGUGUCAUGUCUCACUUCGUUGUGUACGGAAAAUGCAUCAGAAUGAAAUAGUUUUUUUAGAAUGAAUGUAAUUAUUUUAUGAAUUGUGAAAUGUACAUUUUUAAGUAAUUGUCUUGGCAUUUCUCAUCUGUCAACUGUCUCUGUUAUUUGUCAGUAUUCCUCAUGUUCUCUCCUGUUUGUGUUCUCUUCAUGUUUGUCUCAAAGCUUUAUCUAUCUUCAUUAUUCACUAUUGAAUGUGAAGACUCCACUCCUGUCACUUGUAGGGCUGGAUGACACUUCAGUACAUUGGUAGGAAACUGUCCUGUGCUUUGAUUAUUGCCUGUGAACACUGUUGAGGAUGCGUAAAAAAUAAUUGCAUCCUAUUCCCUACAUGGACCUGUCAAAAACGUUAAAGGUAGUGCACUAGAUGGGAAAUAGGGUGAGAGAUCUUUGAACAACAGCCUUUUUUUCUCAGCUCUGGUUCAGUCAGUAGUAGACCUACAUUGACUGACUAGAAGUCUCUCACUAAUGUUCAAACGCUGACACUUCAAAUGUAUCUCAUUACUUAGUAUGAACGUGCUUAAACACUUUGGACAAAUGCUGUGCCUGAGAAAUAGGUGUAUAGUGGUUACUUUAGUGUUUUAUCGCAGAAAAGUAAAAAGAUGUAUAGCUAGCUAGCUAAGGUCAACACCUACUUCCAGUAAUGAUGACACAAUCGAUUUUAAUGAUGACACAAUCGAUUUUAAUGAUGACACAAUCGAUUCCCUUGAGGAAUUUGUCAGCCCUAUAAUUGACAAAGCACUUUCUGGACAGACACCAUGACACAGUCUACUAACAUGAUCUGGCCAUUUCUAUCUUAUAUUUCACAGCGAUAUUUGAAAAACAUGCUAGCUAGAGUAGAGUCAGACUGAAUCAUAUCAUUAUGGAUGAAAACCAGUGUCUCAGUAAGAACUGCAUAGCUGCUGCUUUGGACGCUGUACAGCCACGGCUUAGAUGCAGACAAUCCAAUCCUGUAUAAAGCCCUUUCUACUACACUGUAUUAUACAGUAAAAUAUCCACCAAUGUUGGAAAUGCAUACAAACAAAUUGCUGCUGUUUUUUGGAGUACAUCUGUCUAUUUUGGAAUUACUGGAAUUCAGAUAUUGUACAUGGGUCAUCUAUAUUUGUACUGUUUACAACUUUUAAGUGCAUGAAAUGGACUACAAAGGAUCUAUUCUCGUUCUUACGAUACAAAGUUGACUUUCAGCUCUAUAUUAAGUAUAUGAUCACUGGGGUAUUUUCUGAUUGAACUGUUGUCAGCAUAGGACCACCAAAGGAUGCAGUGACAACAGUUAAUAAGACUAUACAGCCUGCUUUGUAAAAAAGGAAAUGUUCAAAAGCGAUGUUUAAGAGAAUGAUUGUAAUAUUAUAUUUGCACAGUAUAAUCGUGAAGAGAAAUAACUAAUUGUGCUGGAAAACCAAUCAACAGAAAAACCAAUCAACAUUUAGUGCAAAGUGUACAUAACUGAUUGUAGACCUCGUUUUAUCGUCAGUUGCCGUAAAUCAAUAUUCCAUGUGAACUCACUACAGCAGUUUGUGUACAGGAUUUCUUACUUUAUGAAUGUCUGUAUUGUGUUGUGGUUUUGUUGUAUAUUUUUGUUCAUUCAGAUUAAUUUUUCUCCAUAUACCUUCCUAUAUUACGUAAGCAUUGAUGUUUAUUUUCUGAUUAAAUCGUUGUAUUGUAGAGUAUAGCUCCAAAAGCUUGUAUUUAUCGAUGCCUUGUUGUCCAUGGCUCAGUGACUCAUCAGAAGCUCUUUAUUUGCACUCAUCUUCUACGAAAAAGUAUGACAAUAAAAAUAUGUUUUGAUUUUG